AUGGCCGGAAGCGUUACCACUCGAAAACAAAACAGCAAAUGUAGAACCAAGGUAAAGACUGGUUGCACAACCUGCAGAAUUAGAAAGGUCAAAUGCGACGAGAAAAGGCCGUUUUGCCUGAGAUGUGUCAAUACUGGUCGUGCUUGCGACGGCUACGAGUCUCCCUUUCGAAUCUUCCCCAGCCAACCAUCAAGAAGCUCUCAUUCUGGAGACAGUAGCUCAGCUGUUGAUCUACAACCAGUCCAGCCCGUCCAGCCCCCCAUCAUUGAAAUCACCCCUCAGGACAUUGACCUUCUCAAUCGUUGCUUCUCAACCAAAACCAUACUCGACGUGGAGCUGGGCUGUGAUGCAGAAGCCAGGCAAGCCCUCCAGGCCAGCCUGACAGAUCCGUCUAUUCGACACGCAAUAUCGUCUCUCAGGGCUCUUCGAGAAGAUUUUGAAACGUCCGGAGAUGAUCCAGCGUCUGUCGCGCCGCCGACCCCGGGCUAUCACUACGGCCUCCAGCAGUAUAGUAUGGCUUUGGGGGGUCUUACCUCUAAAAUGUCAUCUCCGGGCUCCGACCGGCUGAAGUCGGCAUUGCUUUGUUGUCAGAUCUUCAUCAGCAUUGAGCAAGUGCAGAAAAACUACGCUGCAAUGAUCCAGCAUAUCAUUCAAGGACUCAGGAUCAUGCACGAGUACCGGGCAAGGCCAUAUUUCGCCACCGUGAAUAGACUCAUACCAGCACACCAUGAUCAACUACCUUUACUGGAUGUCUUCGUCAUUAAGGUGUUUGCUGCACCAUGUAAAUUUGCAGACACCUCUACAACGGCCGACACAAGUGUGACGACGUUGCCGCCGCAUCAACAGCCUGUUGAAUCUCGUAAUUUUCGCGCGAUUGCACCCGACAUGCGGACGGAGCUUACGAGAAUCGCCACGUCGUCGCUGGAAUUCCUCAGUAAAGUGUCGCAAGUCGAAUCGGUAGGAAUCGGUUUUCAACUACUAUCCGACAAGGCAGCUCUGCUGGCCUCGCUAGACUCGUGGCUCAUUGAUCUUGAACACGUUCAGACGGAAACCGAAUAUCCCCGCCCUGAGCCCAUCUCAGUAUCAUUCUUGCGCCUCUUCCAUCUAAUACUGAAAAUCGUCCUCUUGGGGGCACUGGACUCCUCACCAGAUCUUGAUGCCAAGUUACGAAUUGAGAACGACAGACUGCAGGGUUUAGCCAACAUCGUGGAUGAGAGAGCCAAAGCUUAUACAACGUGUAGUGGGACUAGUCAUGGCCGAGGAGAGCGCCCUACAGUGCGCUGA